AAAAAUGGCAGGAACGUUAUGGAAUACAUGUAGAAAUAUAAAUAAUAACAUUAAUACUUCCUUAUUAAUUUCUCUAAGACAAGGCCACCACUUAAGAGGAAAGCCGCCAGGUGUAGCCAAAUCUUUAGAAACAAAAUUAGCUAAAGCAAAUUUUAAAGAUCCAGCUAUAUAUUAUAAAGUGGACAUAGGCUUACCUCCUUCACAAAUUUCCAAGUCAAAACUAAAGGAAGAACGACUGAAAGUUUUGAAAGAGCAAAGAAAAAGUCCAAUACUAGAAAAAUUAGCCAGAGAAAGAAAAUUAUCAAUAAAUUUAGAAGAAGUAUAUGAAGAAUGGCUAAAAAGUACAGGCCCCAAAGAUAUAAAGAGAAUUAUUGAACAUUAUGGUAUAUUCGAACAUUUAUAUGGAGAUGCUUAUUUUUAUUCUAGAGUACCUUUAAAGGUAUUUUACGAAAAUAAUGAGGGUAGUUCACCAGUUUACUUUGGAAAUGUUAUAAAACCAUCUGAAGCAACUCAAAAACCCAUUGUAUCUUAUGAGUGUGAUAAAAAUACACUUUGGGCUCUGACUUUGGUUAAUCCAGAUGGUCAUCUAACAGAACAAACUAGUGAAUACAUUCACUGGUUUGUAGGAAAUAUACCAGAAAAUGAUAUAACAAAAGGAGAAACUUUAGUGGAAUAUCUGCAACCUUUUCCUCCAAAAGGAACUGGAUAUCAAAGAUUGAUCUUUGUUUUAUAUAAACAAGAAAAACAAAUAGAUUUUUCAUCAUUUAAACGUGAUGGACUUUGCCUAAAUUUAUCAGACAGAACAUUUAGCACUUAUGAUUUUUAUAAAAAUCUUCAAGAUCAUAUAACCCCGGCUAGUUUGGUUUUUUAUCAAUCAGAUUGGGACAAAUCUUUGAAGGAUUUCUAUCAUAAUAUUUUAAAUAUGAAGGAACCCAUAUUUGAGUAUGAUUUUGCCCCACCCUAUAUAAAAAAACAAAAAUGGUUUCCUAUUAGAGAACCUUUCAAUUUAUAUAUGGACAAGUACAGGGAUCCAAAACAAAUUAAUAAGGAAUUUUUAUUGAGGAAACUGCAAAAUGUACAUCCAUUUAAAGGAUCACCACCACCAAUACCUUUCCCAAAUGCAGUGUACUUUGAGGGGUAUGUACCGUCUUGGCUCAAAUUAGAAAUUAGAAAAUCUAGGCUUAAAUGGGGCCGAAUCAACGAAAUUGAGAAUCAAUAA